CCCUGAGCCGAGUCCCCUGAGGAGGGAUGCUGCCCUUGGUCCUCGUCCCGUCGUGACUGCUGCCGCCCUCUCUUGCAGGAGGUAUGUCGCUGGAGGACAGUGCAAGUCAACAGCUAGGCUGGAGGGGAAGGUGGUGAUAAUCACAGGAGCCAACACAGGCAUUGGGAAGGAGACCGCCAGAGACCUCGCACGAAGAGGUGCGAGGGUGAUUGUCGCGUGCAGAGACAUAACGAAGGCAGAGGCUGCAGCCAGUGAAAUCCGAGCUGAGACUGGGAACCAGCAAGUCAUUGCGAAAAAACUGGACUUGGCUGAUACAAAGUCCAUCCGGGAGUUUGCUGAGAAAUUUCUAGCAGAGGAGAAGGAACUUCAUGUUCUCAUUAAUAAUGCUGGGGUAAUGUUAUGCCCUUACUCCAAGACUGCUGAUGGCUUUGAGAUGCACCUGGGAGUCAAUCAUCUUGGUCAUUUUCUAUUGACCUUCCUAUUGCUGGAGUGUCUGAAGCAGUCUGCCCCAGCCCGCAUAGUGAACGUGUCCUCACUGGCUCAUCACGGAGGCCGAAUCCGCUUCCACGAUCUCCAUGGUGAGAAGAGCUACAAUCGGGGCCUCGCCUACUGCCACAGCAAAUUGGCUAAUGUGCUCUUCACCCGGGAGCUGGCAAGGCGGCUGCAAGGCACUAAAGUCACAGCAAACGCUCUCCAUCCUGGUUCUGUCCAUUCUGAACUGGUCCGGCACUCGUUUGUAAUGACGUGGCUGUGGAAGAUAUUCUCAUUCUUCUUGAAGACACCUCAGGAAGGAGCUCAGACCAGUGUCUACUGUGCAGUAGCAGAAGAGCUAGACUCUGUGACAGGACAGUAUUUCAGUGAUUGCCAGCCAGCAUACAUAUCUCCAUGGGGUCGGGAUGAUGAGACAGCAAAGAAGCUCUGGAGCGUGAGCUGUGAGCUCCUUGGCAUCCAGUGGGACUGAGCAGCGUGGACCUCAAGUGCGUAUCAGGCUAAGCCCAGCGAUUCCUCUCCUGGGAAGAGCACUGCUAAGAGACCUCCAGCCUAGAAUGCUGAUACUUCAGCAGCCCUCAUGAUGGCUCUAUGAACACAAACUAAUGUGAAUUUCUGGAAUAUUACACUUAGGGAUUGCGAUUAGUAAGCAACCAGUCCCCCUUCCUAGCUGAAGAAU